CUUGAGAUUCAGAUUGUUCCUUUAGCAGCCAAUAUCGUUUAUUUCCAGAACCUUUUUCCAUCUGGAUCUGGACCCAGAUCCAGAAAUCUAAUAAUUGAUGUCGCCAGUGCACCUAUUGUUGGAUCAACCUGUUCUUCAAGCUAGCCAAACUGAUCGGGUCAGGAUCUGAGUCAAAUCCUACUUUUGGAUCCAUAUCUCUUCUUCAAGUUCCUUCAAGCUGGAAAACUUUCCAGGGGGACCCAGAAAGGUGGAACAAAAAGCUUCCUCUACGAUUGCUUUGUCAGCAAAAAGUUCAGAAAUGCUACCUCUGAAACGAUACCCUCUUAUAUCUUCUGCCAUUUUUGUCAUCUGUAAUGUUUAUAAGAUGGAAAAUUUUGACGCCUCAUUUUCCACCAAGAAGAGAAGCGCAGGAAAAGGCAUUAAUUAAAAUGUGGCGAGAGGUUACUUGCAUUGGUUAAACAGUUGUGCUCCAAUCUGUGGAAGUCAGGAAUUUCUUUUUCUUCACAUCUUCAAUGAAUUAGAACACAAACAUAGCAUCAACCUAAACUCUGCCGGAAUGCAGCUUAUUAAAGCAAACAGAUGGCGUGCAUCUUUGCUCAUUGCUGCGUUAGAAACCUGGUUCUGAUCUGAACAAGUCAUGAAGAGGGGAACAAGCCAAGAGCAGAAUAUGGCUUUGGGGGGUAGCCCAUGCAGGGAGAGGAGCUCAGAGCUUGUGUUCCUGGACGUGGAGACGACGAUGCCGGUGAGGAAGGAGAAGAGGUUCAGGAUGCUGGAGUUCGGUGCUAUCGUGGUGUGCCCGAGGAAGCUUGUAGAGAAGCGGAGCUACUCCACGCUCAUAAGGCCUGGUGACCUCUCCAUGGUGCCUGAAAGCUCCAGCAGGUCGGACGGCAUUACCAGGGAAGCCGUUGCCGCUGCUCCUAAAUUCGAAGAAGUUGCGGCCACCAUUUACGGGAUCUUACAUGGAAAAGUGUGGGUGGGUCAUAAUAUUUUAAGAUUUGAUUCUGCACGCAUUCGAGAAGCAUUUGCAGAGAUCGGGCAUGCCGCCCCCAAGCCGGCCGGCAUGAUUGAUUCCCUGGACAUCCUGAUGAACAAGUUUGGACCAAGAGCAGGGAACAUGAAGAUGGCUUCAUUGGCAGCAUACUUUGGGCUUGGGAAGCAGAAACACCGAAGCUUGGACGAUGCAAGGAUGAAUCUGCAAGUUAUCAGAUGUUGUGCGACCAUAUUGUUCUUGGAAUCCAGCCUUCCAAGCUUGCUAUCUGCAAGAGACACUGGCUCUCCGAGUGCCUCAACUAGAAGCCGAACCAGAGAGAAGCCAUCUGCUGAUGGUACGAACAAGAAGACCACCCCUCCUUUGAGAGUGAGGCAGUCGCUCAUGUGUCGAACAAUUGCGAGGCCGAGUCUAAGACAUCUGCUUAGACAUGCAAUGGUAAGGUGACAAAAGAUAAGUUGCAGUUCUCUCAAGGCAGCUGGAAUCAUUAAUCAAGCUCUGCUAUGACAUCAUGCUCUUGUUGAACAUCAAUUCUUCCAGAAAGGGCAGCCUGAAGCAAAGAAGAAUACUUUCAGAAAUUCUGCAAUCUCUUGAGGGAGUCUAAAAUGUACAAAUUAAAUUCAAUAUAAACAAA